AUGGAUGGAAACAAGGUGUCUUUGCAUCCAGAGCCAAAGAAAUGGAAGGUUCCAAAGGGCCCUAAGCCUAUCCCACAUAAGAACAAGAAUCUUAUCGGUUUAGGUAGAACCAUUGCUAACCAGAGAAGACAAGAAAAUGCCAUCGAGUACUUACCGGAUGGUGAAAUGAGAUUCACUACCGAUAAAAAGCAAGCUGGUUGGGUUAAGAUGAGAUCUGUUACCCAAGAGAACUCUUUGGACGAGUUUUUGAACACGGCAGAGUUGGCUGAUGCGGACUUCACCGCAGAGAAGAACUCCCAAGUGAAGAUCAUCAAGGUCGGAAACACUGCUUUAGUCAACCAGUCUGGUUUACUUUCCCAAGAAGAAACUGACGAAAUCCGUAAGAAGCAUCAGCUUUUCGAGAACAAGUUGAUUAUUCCAAGAAGACCUCAAUGGAAGAAGGAACAGCUGAGACUUCAGAUUGAAAGACAAGAGAACCUUGCCUUCUUGGAAUGGAGACGUGAGUUGGCUGCUUUGUCUGAAAACCACGACUUGUUGUUGACUCCAUUCGAAAGAAAUAUUGAAGUGUGGAGACAGUUAUGGAGAGUGGUGGAGAGAUGUGAUUUGGUCGUGCAGAUCGUGGAUGCUAGAAGUCCUCUUUUCUUCAGAUCCGUGGACCUUGAGAAGUACGUCGAAUCCUUGAGUAAGCCUGAGGAGAACAGAGAAAAGAGAAACUUGCUUUUAGUCAACAAGGCUGAUUUGCUUACGAGGCAGCAAAGAAGGGAGUGGGCUAACUAUUUGAAGGAGAGAAACAUCAAGUACGUUUUCUUCUCGGCUGCUAAUGCAAAUGCUCUUUUGGAGAAGGAGAAGGAAGAAGAGGAGCAGUUGAAGAACAAUCCAAAUUUUGUUUCUGAGGCAUCCCUUGAUGACGAAGACAGUGAGGAAACGGACACCGACAUCAAGAUCCUCAAGAUCGAAGAAUUGGAGGAUCUCUUCCUUACCACUGCACCAAAGUUUGAGCAGACGGAGGACCAUCCUGAUCGUAAGUUGCAAAUCGGUCUCGUUGGUUACCCUAACGUCGGUAAGUCCUCUACCAUCAACGCAUUGGUUGGUUCGAAGAAGGUGUCUGUCUCGGCAACGCCCGGUAAAACCAAGCAUUUCCAAACAAUCGUUUUAUCCCCUGACGUCGUCUUGUGUGAUUGUCCUGGUUUAGUGUUUCCAAAUUUUGCAUACUCUAACGGUGAAUUGGUCUGCAAUGGUGUUCUUCCUAUUGAUCAGUUGAGAGAGCAUAUCCCACCUGUCUCUUUGGUCUGUCAAAGAAUCCCUAAAUACUUUCUUGAAGCUGUCUACGGUAUUCACAUUCCAAUCCAAAGCAAAGCUGAUGGUGGUAAUGGUGAGUAUCCAACUGCUCGUGAGCUCUUGAACGCCUAUGCAAGAGCUAGAGGAUAUAUGACCCAGGGUUUUGGUAGUGCCGAUGAGUCCAGGGCUUCCAGAUAUAUUCUUAAGGAUUAUGUCAACGGUAAGUUACUUUUCAUCAACCCUCCACCUAAGAAGAUUGGAGAUAAUCUUUGGGAAAAUCCGAACGUUCAAGAAGCUAGGGAGUUCAACAAGGGCAUUUACACUGUGCACAGUCUACCUGAGACUAGACAACAGCAGAUCAGAACCGCUUUGCUGCACAAGAAUAUGGACUUUGACGAAUUCGAUCUCGCCAACGACCUUAGCAAACUUAACUUCUCCAUGCAUGUUGGUAGCGAAGACAACCAAAAAUCUACUGGUGAUUCCAGUGCUGGAGCUACGACUCGUUUCUAUGGUGGUAGACAAGCUGCCUUGGAGAGUGCCGCUGAUGAUUUGGACAGGGAGUUUUUUCAGAUGAACAAUGUUCAAGCAAAGUUAGACAGUCCAUUCCACAAGAACAAUGGUAUUCCUUCGAGCAAUAAGAAACAUCAUAAGAAGAAUAAGAAGGCGGACAAGAAGAAGAGAGUUGUGGGAUAUUAG